AUUGUAUAUAGGUUUUUCUGCAGGCAUUUGUUUUUAAAGUUCUAUAUUUAUCAUAUAUCAAUUUGGCAUUCACUUAAAUCGACAUGGGCAAAUCCAGCAAGAAGUCCAACACUCCGGUUGCUGCAACUCCCAUGGCAAUUUCACCAGUGAAAUCUGUGAAGAAGGGAAAGAGGCAUCCAGAGCUUAUUGAGAAACAAUCUGCUGCCAAAAAGCUGAAGAGAGAAGUAGAGGAAGCAGUCGAGAAGCAGAAGAAUGACAAGAAGUCAAAAGCUUCUUUCGAGGUGGCACCAAAGAAGCCUGAAACCAGUAGUUCCAAGGAUGUAUCUUUGUCCAAGUCGGAAGAAGAGGACAUGACAUCUAAGAGGGCGAGCAGAGGGGCUCCCACAUCCGAGACGAGUGCGGCCCCAACUGUAUUAGUGAGUGCGGAUCAGCUUCUGCAGAUGUUGCAGGCGCUGACUGCUAUUCUACAGGGGCAGGAUAGACGACCCACUGAUACGCCAGCCCAGACCGAGCAGGAGCGCGCGACCUCCCUUUUACUUGACUUUAUGUGGUUCGAUCCCCCUCGUUUCCACGGAGAACCUGAUCCUAUAGCGGCGGAGCGAUGGAGAUCGGAGGUGGAGAAGAUCUUCGACACGAUGAGGUGCACGACGCAGCAACGAGUCCGCUUGGCAGUAUUUCUUCUGCAGGGUGACGCCGAGCAUUGGUGGGCGUCGGUCACCCGAGUGGCAAGAGCCGAGUUUGAGUGGACAUGGGAGGACUUCGUAGAACGGUUCGACCGGAAGUUCUUCCCCGAGCACGUUCGACAUCAGCUCGAGUUAGAGUUCCAGACUCUGGUCCAGGGAAACAUGACUGUGUCUCAGUACGAGGCUCGAUUCAUUGCGCUAUCGAGGUUCGCGACAUAUUUUGUAGAUGACGAGGGGCGGAAGGCCCAUCGUUUCCAGAACGGCUUACGCCCUGGCCUCCGGAGUCGAGUCGUUGGGCACAUGCUUUCGACGUUUGAGGAGGUUGUAGAGCGGGCCCAGAUCUAUGAGGCAGAGUGGAACGAUGCUCAGCGGAUCCGCGAUCAGAGAGGAGAAUGGAAGAGGAAGGCCCCCUCCGGUAGCUCCCAGCAGCAGCAACUUCGGCCACUGCAGAGGCGCACCACCCAUCCCUUCUUUUGAGAAAAGCUAUUUUAUUUUAGGACACCUUUCAAAAAAAAAAAGGCUCUUGUGAUUUGUUUCGCCAAUGUGUAUAGAUGUAUGCUAAGUGCAGUUGCGUGCUUUGUAGAAGCCAGCCCAAGAAAUGUGCUGAUUGGCCCCAUGUGUACUGCUGUGUUGAAUGGGAAAACGCCAUUUCUUUCAA